GGCAACGAAUUCCGUAUUUCCGAGAAAUACAAUUUCAAACGAGAUUGUGUCAGGUGGAGCUGUAACUUAGAUGUUUUGUUAUAGAUUACACUUUAUUUAGAAUUUAUAAUUUAAAUCGAUUUUCCAUUAGUAAUAUGAAGCUAUCGCCAAUAUUUCAGUAAAACAACACAGCAACAGAAAGUGCUAAUUAUCCAGAACUGGGCAUCGGUGGAUAAAUAUAGCCAAGAUGUCACUCUGGGCGAGAGCUCAACAGCUGCCUCCAGAGAGCCUGCAAAAGGUCCGAGCCAUCUAUGGAGAUCAUUUUCCUAUUGAAGUUCGCCAUUGUCUGGCAACAUGGAUAGAAAGUCGCAUUUGGACCCCGGAACCAGAGGAGCAGCAAAGGUUCUUUGUUGAGGAGCUAGUUCAGGAGAUUCACACCAAUGCUGAGCUGAUGUUGUCUCCGGAGAUGUUUGUUACCAAGAUGAAGUUGCUGGAAGCGGCUAAGAUCUUCAGAAUGCAGUAUGGGCACGCCCCUCACGAGCUAUACACGUACAUGCGCCGUUGUCUCGCAAUGGAAGUGGAGGUGAUACAGGCCGCGAUGGGCCCUUAUGCUGCGCAGCCGCAGACUGAGAGGAAAUAUAGUGAGCUGAUUACGGGUUUACAAAAUGUCCGUCAGAAAGUGAAUAUGGCGAGUGAGGAAAUACGGAGCUUGCAAGCCAACAUUGAAUCGUUCUCGCUCCAGUACCACGAGUGUCUCAAGAAUAAAGGACACAUAAAUUACUUGCAACAAUCGGGUCCCAUGACGAACGAACGCCGAGAGCUUGAAGCCUGCCUUCGUGUGCAGAUUGAAGAAAUGGAACGGAAACUUAAUGCUCUGGUCGCACAAAUCAAUCAGUCGCAAAUGGAACUGGUUGACCAUAUGAAGGAAAACAUCGCUAACUUGAGACAACUCCAGAGCCAAGUUCUUGAUGAAGAGCUUAUUAAAUGGAAACGUGAGCAACAGCUAAGCGGAAAUGGCGUUCCGAUGCAAUCUAACCUCAACACCAUACAAGAAUGGUGCGAACUCCUUGCCGACUUAAUAUGGAGUACCAGACAGCAAGUGAAUAACGUCGCAAGAAUCAAUAGCAAGACGAUCGUCGAACUACGGCAGCCGCAUUUGGUGGAAAUGCUCGACGAGAUGAGUAAACAGGUGACAAGUUUAUUAUCUACUUUGGUGACUUCCACGUUCGUAAUUGAGAAACAACCACCACAAGUUAUGAAAACUAAUACACGUUUUACGGCAACCGUUCGCCUGUUGGUGGGUGGUCAACUCAAUGUACACAUGACUCCACCACGAGUUACCGUGGUGAUAAUAUCCGAGCAACAAGCUCAAUUGUUAUUGAAGAGUGACUCCCAAAGUGGGCGCGGAAAGCAGCCCGUGGAGUGUGGGGACAUUCUCAAUAACAGCGGGUGUAUGGAGUACCAGCCUACCAGCCGGCAGCUUAGCGUCAGUUUCAGGAACAUGCAGUUACGCAAAAUAAAGCGAGCGGAGAAGAAGGGAACAGAGAGUGUGAUGGAUGAGAAGCUAACUCUUCUAUUUCAGUCUGAGUUCAACGUCGGGGGAGGGGAACUUGUCUUCCAGGUGUGGACCCUAUCUCUUCCAGUAGUGGUGAUAGUCCACGGCAAUCAGGAGCCCCACGGCUGGGCCACAGUCACAUGGGACAAUGCUUUCAGCCCUCCAGGCAGGGUCCCCUUCGCUGUCCCCGAUAAGGUAACUUGGUGUCAGUUGGCUGAAACUCUACGCAUCAAAUUUUGUUCAGCCACGGGCGGGGAUCUGUCUGAGGAUAAUCUGAGGUUCCUGGCCGAGAAGAUUUUUAGUAUAAUCUCCAGGACAAGUCUCCCCAUGAACACCAUGGAGCUGAACGCCAUGACAGUCAGCUGGACCCAGUUCUGCAAAGACGCACUACCGGAACGGAAUUUUACCUUCUGGGAGUGGUUUUACAUGGUCGUCAAGGUCACGAGAGACUACCUGAGGACGCUCUGGUGUGAUCGCCUGAUAAUGGGUUUCAUCCAAAAGAAGCAAGCCGAGGAGAUGUUAGCUAAAUGCCCUCCUGGGACAUUCCUACUUCGCUUCUCGGAUUCUGAACUCGGUGGAAUCACUAUCGCCUGGGUUGGAGAUGGCAACGAAGUGUUCAGCCUCCAGCCGUUCACAUCCCGUGACCUGAUGCUGCGAUCCCUCGCCGACCGAAUCCUGGAUCUGUCCCAGCUGCAGUUCCUUUACCCCAACGUGGCCAAGAAUGAUGUCUUCUCCAAGUAUUAUACUAAGCCUGAAAAUGACGUCCUAAAGAACGGCUACGUGAAGCCUGUGUUGGUGACGACGUUGCCCCCAUACAUGUCCCCCUCUCCGGCCUACGCGCAUUCGCCAGACUCGCAUCGCAACACGCCAUCCGUGCACAACAGGUACAUGAUUGACUUCUGAAGCAUGAAGAUUUCGUUUAAGUUUGUUUUAGUAGUCACAUCCAUUUUCUUUAAGUAUUAUUUUUCCAAAAAAAUCAAGACUGCUUUUUAAAAUGAAAAAAAAAAAAAUCUCAAUUUGAUAAAAAAAUGAUAGUAUUUUUAUUUUUAAGUUUUGUGAUUUAUUAGUAGAAUAGGUUUAGAAUUAAGGACAUGGAGUUUAGCUUCGAUUUAAACUUCAGCUUUUUCAUAAUUAAGUCAUUUCUUUCUUAGGAAAGCUGACAAAAUUGUUAUUAAAAAUUUCGCAAAAGGUUGGGUUACCGUCUUAAUAUCUAAAGUAAAAUCAACGCUAUAGUUUUGAUAGUAAGGAUCAAAUUAGCUUAUGAAUUUGCAUCGACAUAAAUACCCGAGAUUUAUCGAUAAUCUCACCCAGCUCUCUGAAGAGCAGAAAGCUUGGGUCGAGUUCUCGUGAUUUUUAUGAUGUUAAUAUUUUAUGAAACUACCCUCAUAUUUAUUAAUUAAGCAUUCAUCUUUUUUUAAUAAUUUGAGCUUAGAUAGAUAAUGUUUUAUGCAAAUACCCUCAUAUACAUUAAAUAAGUCUAUUUACAACGACAUAGAGAAUUUAUCUCUUUUUUAAAAAUUGCUUACGAUGUCAAAGAAAGAGGCAGUUUUAGGUAAUACAGUAAAGAUUAGAUUUUUAAAUAUGAGGGUAGUUCACAAAAAUUGUUUAGCGAUUACAGUUGACAUAUACUUUUUUAUACAUUUAGUUUUGCCUUUUAAUUUCUAUCUUAUGAUUAUUUUCUAAAAUGGAGUUUGUAAGAAGCUUAUGACUAUCAAUAGGGACCAAUAAUUACAUUUCCAGUUUUCUGUCAUUUCCUUAUCGUUCAUACAUAUGCAAUAUUCAUUAAAAAUAAAAUAAAUACUAUUCAAGAUUAGACUAGCCAUACAUUAGACUACAUCCCUCUUCGUAUACGUUUCAAAAUCGAGACUACAGUUUGUCAAAAAGGUAUUAGAUUUGCCAUACGGAAUUCGAACUUAGGGCAUAUGAGUUGUAUAUCAAAAUCGUGAUACAAACGGGAAUAGCUCGUGUUAACUGUUGAUCUUAAAGAAUCGUUAAAUAUCGUAUUACGUACUCGUACAUGUACGUUAGGUAACGACUCAUGCGCAGCUAACGAUUGGUUGAGUUACGUUUCGGGAACUAAAAUAUUUAAUAAAUCAGAUUUUGAUCAUUUUUCAAUCUAAUCCUGACAAAAGCCGUCGACUUUUUGGGUCUA